UCUGUCCCAAGGACAUGAGAGCUGAUAUCUGUGUUCAUCUAAACCGGAAGGUUUUUAAUGAACAUCCUGCUUUUCGAUUGGCCAGCGACGGGUGUCUGCGCGCCUUGGCCGUAGAAUUCCAAACCAUUCACUGUGCUCCUGGGGACCUCAUUUACCAUGCUGGAGAAAGUGUGGAUGCCCUCUGCUUUGUGGUGUCAGGAUCCUUGGAAGUCAUCCAGGAUGAUGAGGUGGUGGCUAUUUUAGGGAAAGGCGAUGUAUUUGGGGACAUCUUCUGGAAGGAAACCACCCUUGCUCACGCGUGUGCCAAUGUCCGGGCGCUGACGUACUGUGACUUACACAUCAUCAAGCGGGAAGCCUUGCUCAAAGUCCUGGACUUUUACACAGCAUUUGCAAACUCCUUCUCCAGGAAUCUCACGCUCACCUGCAAUCUAAGGAAACGGCCAAUCGUGUUGACCCUUUGUGUAAAGAGUAGCAGGCAUGACUGUUGUCCUUUGAAAAACUUGCUUCUAAAGCUGGCCCUUGGGAACCUGGAUUUCAAGAGGGUUCCCACCACUCUAACCGUGCCUACAGGUCCUUCUCAAGAGUCCAGGCUGAGCUGUCGUUGCCGGAGCAUUAUUGUCUUUUCACUCCACAGUGCUGCUGAGUUUGUCACCGGUAUUUUAAAAAUUUCUAAGCCAAAAGGACCUGGAGAAAAUGUUUCAGAUACUUAUAGUAUUGUCAUGGAGUGGGUGCCAUUGGACAUCAGAAAUGUUGCCAGAUUGACACUUGCCCCUUAG